CAUGAGGAGACCAAAAAACAUUGUCAAAAGAUAUAAGAAGCAAAAAGAAAAAAAAUGAAGAGCAGCAGUCUUUACUUUUGUAGUAGUAUUCUACUCUUUCUACUAACAACAACAAGAGCUCAAAAACUUGACCUUACUUCAAGUUCAUGUAAACGUACCUGUGGAGGAAUCUCGAUUCCUUACCCGUUCGGUAUCGGACCGAAACACUGUUAUCUCAGCGACUGGUACGAGGUUGUCUGUAACAACACCUCCGUCUCCGGGGGCAAGCGUCUAGCUUCUCCGUUCCUCUCUAAGAUCAACAGAGAAAUAAGGAUCAUCACUCUUCGAAACAGCUUCGACAGUAUAUACAGCUCCGUUGACAUAAAGUUCCCGGUGACUUCCUCGGGCUGUUCCAAACGAGACGAGAAGCCUCUUCCUUUGAACCUCACGGGUAAAGGAAGCCCCUAUUUCAUCACCCAGUCGAAUAGUCUCGGCUCGCUAGGGUGCGACACCAGAGCACUGGUUACCCACAUCGAGUCUCAGAUCAUAGGAUGCAAAUCGAGCUGCGCCAAGAACAAAAGCCGCAUAGACACGAUCUGCGGUGGUUACAGAUGUUGUCAGGCGAUGAUCACUGAGGAUAGACCGCAAGUGAUCGGUGUUGACUUGGAGAGCACAACUCAAAAAGGGAACUGUAAAGUCGCUUUCUUGACUAACGAUAUUAACUCUAUGGCGAAUAUUUCCGAGCCGGAGCAAAUCUAUAGUAAUGGGUUUACUCAUAUCGAGCUCGGAUGGUACUUUGAUGUAUCAAUUCCUAAGUCAGUGGAUGCAGAGGGCUGUGUGUUUGGGGAUGGUAGUUAUAACGUGAACGCUAGCUGUGUUUGCGAGUAUCCUUACUUAUCUGGGUUUCGUUUCAGUAACUGUUUCUGCAAUAGCGGUUACCAAGGCAAUCCGUAUCUUCCUGGUGGAUGUAAAGAUAUUAAUGAAUGUGAGGGAGAAUUAGGACGAAGCAGGUGUGGAGAAGAACACACUUGUCGGAAUGUCCCUGGAUCGUUUAGAUGCAUGCCUAAAGAAACCGGGAAGAUCUCGCCUAUGCUAUUUGGUCUUGUUCUAGGUUUUGGACUAUUGUUCUUGGUUCUUGGAAUAUGGGUAUUGAUCAAAUUCGUCAAGAAGAGAAGGAAGAUUAUCCGAAAGAGGGAGUUCUUUAAACGCAAUGGAGGCUUAUUGUUGAAACAACAACUAAGUACAUCAGGAGGUAAUGUGGAGGCGUCUAGGAUAUUCAGCUCUAAAGAACUUGAGAAAGCGACCGAUAGCUUCAACAAGAACAGGGUUCUUGGACAGGGAGGUCAAGGCACUGUCUACAAAGGAAUGUUGGUAGACGGACGAAUCGUCGCUGUGAAAAGAUCUAAAGUUUUGGACAAAGACAAAGUGGAGGAGUUCAUCAACGAGGUUCGUGUUCUCUCGCAGAUUAACCAUAGAAACAUUGUGAAACUCAUGGGGUGUUGUCUAGAGACAGAGGUUCCUAUAUUGGUUUAUGAGCAUAUUCCAAACGGAGAUUUAUUCAAGCGGCUACACAAUGAUUCUGAUGAUUACACAAUGACUUGGGAAGUGCGUGUGCGAAUUGCCGUGGAGAUUGCAGGAGCACUUGCUUACUUGCACUCGGCUGCUUCUACUCCGGUCUAUCACAGAGAUGUCAAAACCACAAACAUACUCCUGGAUGAGAAGUAUCGAGCCAAGGUGUCGGACUUUGGUACUUCGAGAUCUAUAAGCUUAGAUCAGACACACUUGACGACUCAUGUUGCAGGUACUUUUGGAUACUUGGAUCCAGAGUACUUUCAGACUAGCCAGUUCACAGAUAAAAGUGAUGUUUAUAGUUUUGGUAUUGUCUUGGUUGAGCUUAUAACCGGAGAAAAGCCGUAUUCUGUUGUGCGGCUUGAAGAAAACAGAGGGCUUGCAUCACAUUUCAUCGAGGCCAUGAAAGAGAACAGAGUUCUUGAUAUCGUUGAUUCUCGGAUCAAAGAAGAGUGCAAACCGGAACAAGUAUUGGCUAUGGCUAAACUUGCAAGGAGGUGUUUAAGUCUAAAAGGGAAGAAGCGUCCAAGUAUGAGAGAGGUUUCCACUGAGAUUGAGACGAUCCGUUCAUCACCUCAAGAUUUAGAGGUGACUAUCGAAGAAGAAGAGGAUGAAGAAGAAGAAAUGUCGAUGGAGAUUAAUAUAGAUGAUUCAUGGACCGUGGACAUGACUGCUCCAGCAUCUCUCUUUGAUUCAUCACCUAAGUUAGAUGUUGAACCACUGGUUCCUCAACGAACGUGGUCAUGAUGUAAUCUAGCAGGAUUGCGAUGGUGCUCCAAAAUGUUGUUUAGUUUUGUGAGAACAAAGAUUUAAUAUUCCACUC